AUGUCAAUCACAAUUGGCACCGAAGCAGACGCGCAAAACUACGCGCAGGUCAAUCAGGCAUCAUGGGAUGCACGCGCUGAGGCACACGCCCAAAGCGCAAUGUACAAUCUCGCGGCCUACCGAGCUGAUACUAACUAUAUCUCCGACAUCGUGCGCUUCGACCUUCCGCGCCUCCCGCCCCUACAAGACAUGCGCAUCGUGCAUCUGCAGUGCCAUAUCGGGACGGACACCCUCUCCCUCGCCCGUCUCGGCGCCGCAUCUGUCACCGGGCUAGAUUUCUCACCCGAGUCACUGAAGCAAGCGCGCCUUCUGGCCGACUCGGUACCUGAUCCCAGUGGGUGGAAAGUCAGCUACGUCCAAGGCGACGUCUACGAUUCCGUGGCGCUUCUCGGUCGCGAAGCAUUCGACCUCGUCUUCACGGGCAUUGGCGCGCUGUGCUGGCUGCCCAGUGUAGAACGCUGGGCGAACGUCGUCGCCGAUCUAUUGAAGCCUGGAGGCCGCUUCUUCAUCCGUGAGGGCCACCCCAUCUUGUGGGGACUUGACGAUUCGAAUGUGACUGAGACGUAUCCCGCCGAACAGCUGCGGGUGAUUUAUCCAUAUUUCGAGAGUGGAUUGCCGCUCGUCACGGCUGAGGGGUUGAGUUAUGUGGAUGAUGAUGUGGCUACCGGAACAGACGUGGACAACGUUGAGGAAGCUCCAAGUGCAGCAGUACUAGAUCCUCAAGGGACGCUCGCUAGUCCCACACCUGCGAAGAGAACAAUAGAAUUCAACCACGGACUCGCGGAGACCGUCCAGGCAUUGAUAAACAGUGGCUUGCGCAUCACGUUGGUUGAGGAACAUGACUCCGUGCCGUGGAAUGCAUUGCGUGGGAGGAUGGAGAAGGCGGAGUUAGGAGAAUAUCGUCUUCUGCAGGGGAGGGAGAGGAUCCCGCUGACUUAUACUAUUGUAGCGUUCAAAGAGUAG